AUGGAUCGCCGCGUGAGCCUUGCCACCCGGAGCGUGCGCGUGCUGAUCCCCGACCAGCUACCGACGCUGUUCGAGCCGCAGAAGUCGGUGAUGACCCCGCACGUCCGCGCGAGGGUCGUCGGCGACGAAGACGAUGCGGCGCCGCCGGAGCGCCGGCUCACCAUGCUGGCGCUCCAGCUCGCGGUGCUCGAGAAGGCGGCCAGCCGGCUCGGCACGCUGGGCUUCAUCUGGGCCACGGUCGUGCUACUCGGCGGCUUCGCCAUCACGCUGGGCCAGACCGACUUCUGGUGCAUCACCACCCUGCUGCUCGUGGAGGGCGCCCGGAUCCUGGGCCGCAGCCACGAGCUGGAGUGGCAGCACGAGACCACGGGCCGCGCGCCCGUGUCGUGGGCCGUCGGCCGCGUCUUCCACUGGCUGCAGCUGCUGUCCGCGUCCUCCUGCGCCGCGCUCUCGCUCGUCCGCCUCGUCCACCAGCGCUACGGCGGCAGCGAGGAGGCCCGUGUCAACCGCCACUCCGCGCUCGACAUAUUCUACGGCCUCGCGCUCGCCGAGGCGCUGCUGUUCCUCGUCGAGAAGGCGCUGUGGCAGUGGAGGGUCGACCACCACCUUCUGCUCGAGCGCGUCGCCAGCGACUGCCACCUCGCCACCGCCUGCGGCGCCGUCGCCGUUCGCCGCUUCUUCUACGACUCCUACUCCCGGUGCCUCAACGGCAGCAUCUUCGACGGACUGCACAUGGACCUCGUGUCCUACGCCGACGACCUGCUCACGGCGGGCUCGCACGACGAGCAGCGCCUUGGCGCCAGCAUCCUCGCGGCGCUCGUCGAGUCCGACCGCUUCGCCGACGCCACGCUCCGCAAGAUCGGCACGUCCGGGCCCGCCAUCGAGCGCCUUAUCGAGAUGCUCAGCUGGAAGAACGCCUCGGAGAAGGACGUGCGCCGCUCUGCGGCGGUCGUCGUGUUCAUGCUCACUGGAAGGAAGGUCAACGCGCUCCGCGUCACCGGCAUUCCCGGCGCCAUGGAGUCCGUGGCUUCCUUGCUCUACGCCGACCUCGACGAGCUCAACCUCCUGGGGCUGUCCAUCCUCAACAAGCUGGCGCGCGACCACGACCACGACAACUGCGACAAGAUCGGGAAGACUAGGGGCCUUCUCGACAGGAUCAUCUCCUACUCGGGCAUAGUAGCGAACGGGCCGGCGGCGGGGCCGCCGACAGACAUGCGCCUCAAGGCGGUGAAGCAAUCGCUCCGCGUUGUGAAGAGGCUGGCGAGCACGACGGGGACCACCGGAAAGCUGCUUCGGAGGGAGCUCUCUGACAUUGUGUUCACCGUGAGCAACGUCAGGGAGGUGCUGCAGCAGCAGCACGACGAGAAGGACGUGUCCGAGCUGCACCGCCUGGCGAUCGAGAUACUGACGAACCUCGCCAUGGACGAGGAGGCGAGGGAGAUGAUCGGCGGCACGGGGGGUGUGCUCAGCACGCUGGUGGCGAUGUUCUUGCCGGAAAAGCAGGAGGCAGCGCCCGACCGGCACAAGGACGCGGUCCGGGUGGAGGCCGGCGAGGCUCUAGCGAUGCUGGCGCUCGACAGCCGCAGGAACUGCGGCGCGAUCAUCAUGGCGUUCGGCGGAGGUGUGGAGCGGCUGGUCGAGGCGCUGAGUGAUCCCGUCGUCGUCGUCAGCGCCGCAAGGAUCCUGCGCAACCUGUGCACCUACGCUGGGGAUGAGUGGCAGCUUACACCGAGAGGAGUCACCGCCGGCGCCACCAAGGUGCUGCGCAGUAUCAUGGUGGAGAAGACGAAGCUCCUCAACAUCUCCCUCGGCCUCGCGGCGCAGAUGCUCCGGUUCAUGCAGCCUGGGGAGCUCCGGGCGAGCCUCGCCACGGCGGGCGUCACGAACGCUGCGCUGGCGCGGACGCUGGUGCUGGUCCUGCGGGAGUACAGCCGCCCGUCCCUGGAGGUGCCGCACAUCCGGCUGUACACGCUGGAGCUUGCCAUCGCGUUGAUGCGGUCGGACGCGCGCUUCGUGGCGCUCUUCGUGGAGCUCGGGAUGGAGGCCGAGCAGAGGCGCGUCGCGGAGACCACCUCCGGCCUCGAGUGCUUCAACGUGUUCUCGGGCAGCGUCGGGCUCAGCCGCCGCGCCGUCAGCGUCGGCUCGCUCGUCGACUCCGCCACGGAGCUCAUGAGGCAGCAUGCCUGCGGCACAUUACAGUCACAGUCUCACAGAUACGCUGAAAAGUGA